CCUUCGCCUCCCUGCCUUCCGACGGCCAUACCUUUCGGAUAACACACACGACAGCCACCGAGAGAGAGGAAAGCGCAUCGCUUGUUGGAAGCAAUGGCCGCGGUGGCGGCUCUUCUCUCGCCUCCUUCCUCCCUCACCAAUUCGUACUCGCCUAUUCCCCCGCGUUUCCUCAUCGCUCGAGAUGGAAGUCGCAGUGGUCCGAGGAGGAAACGUCGAAAUGGGAGGGCAAGCGCUCCUGUCGUCUGUUGUCAUUGCACUACGCCGACUUCGAUGAACAGCUUUCGCAGGAGGAAUUUAUUGCUCUCGGGCCUCUCGUCUUCCUUUGCUCUCAUUCUUCCGAUUUCUGAUUUGCGUGCCUCUGUCGAAUUAGAUGAAGAUGUGAAGAUGGAUUUACUGGUUGAUGACAUAAAUGCGUAUUCUUUCCUUUACCCUGUCAAAUUGCCAGCUAAGAAGUUUGCUUUCAAAUGGGUAGAAUCCAGAAAGCCAGAACGAUACUCGUCUGCUGCACCACUAUCACCUGAUGCACGGCAACGCAUUGUGUCUGAGCGUGUCGACAUGAUCAAUAACCUGGUCAUCUCUGUCUCGAUUGGCCCUCCCAAUCCACGCUUCCUAACUUCAAAUGACAAGAGUGCCUGGAAGGCAAAAGAUGUUGCUGAUUCUGUUUUAUCUGACAAGACUGCACUGCGUGUAACAAGUGGUCAGCGCAUGGCUGAGAGUUCUGUUCUUGAUUCACAUUCCCUUGAUGUUGGUGGUGAACCGUACUGGUAUUAUGAGUAUCUUAUACGUAAAUCACCGACAAAAUCUGCACAAGAACCAAAUCUUUUUAGGCACAACGUGGCUUCAACUGCUGAGCGAGAUGGCUAUUUGUACUCUUUGAAUGCAUCAACUCUUAGCAAGCAGUGGGAAUAUUUGGGUCCUUUUCUACAAAAAACUGUGGCAUCUUUUCGCCUUCUUCCUCCUACAGAGAAUUAUGUUCCUCCAUACAAGGAUCCUUGGAGGUUUUGGUAACAGUGUUUCUUAUACUUUGGGAUACAGAUUUAUCUCCUAUGAAGGGGAAAUAAUUUGCAUUGUCCUUAGAUGCAUAUCUUUUUUUCCCUCGGCUAAUGACUUUUCACUUCCUAUUGUCCAGGUAGAUGUAGAAUUUGAGCGGUCGACGAAAAUUGGUCUUUACGAAGAAGGAGAAAUAUCAUCCUUUGUUCCGCCAACUAUUUGGUCAUCAUGCUUUAUUUUAGAAGUAACAAGAUAACUCAUUGGCAGACUACUGGACUUAUUCGUUUCGGCGAUGUCAACCAUGACAAGAGUGCAAGAAGAAUCAUGGAUGAUAUGGAGCAGUGAAAGGUUCCAGAUUUUCUUUUCUUUUCUUUUAUCGAGUCUGUUGCAUAAUUCGAGAUAUUUAUUUGCUUCAAUCAAUUUCUGGAGCUUCUAUUGUUGAAGCUUAUUGUUCCUCAACAGUCUUGCAUGAUAUCUUUUAUGAUGAGGUCCUCUUCAUUUUCAA